CCACAACUAGGACUAGGAGUGCGACGGUGUGGGAAAUAGUAUUGCUUCCCAAUUCCAGCAGCAUCACUCCCCUCCUUCACUUCUGUGGGAGAGAGUGAGUGGAGUGAGUGGCAUAGUGCAGAGAAAACCCUUCUCUCUAUUUCCUUUUACCAACCCAAUUUCAACUUCUCUCCAUUUCCACUUUCAAGAGGCCCUGUAACAAUUCAGCACCGUCUAAGCAUCCCAAAAACCAUUAGCAAGCGCCAAAGAACUCUCCUUGUUACUCAGAUUGGAAAGCCCACUUCUCCCGUCCACACAACCCAGCCAUCAAGGCAACCCUCUGGAAAACAAAGUUAUGUCUACCCAUGGGAUUCUAUCGUCUCUCUUUCUUGCCCUCUUCAUCGCCUUUGCCAGUGCCAUCCCUCCAAAUCAGGCAGCUUUACUCCAUGCAAAUGGGUCGGCAGCAGGGGAAGAGAUGGUGCCAUUGGUGGAGCAUGGCAAAUUUGAGAUGGUGGAGUUGAAUGAGACAAGGAGGAGAUUGGGGAGCUUCCAGAUAUGUGCACUGUGCACUUGCUGUGGUGGAGCAAGAGGGGUGUGCUUGCCAUCUCCAUGUUGCUAUGCCAUCAAUUGCAACAUCCCAAACCGCCCUUUUGGCUUCUGUUCUUUCACUCCCAAGACCUGCAAUUGCUUUGGAUGCCAUCUCUGAACCCCCUCCUCUUAAAAUCAUAUUUUGUCUUCAUCUGUUCUACUUUAUUAAAUUUGGGGGGUUAAGCAUUAUUCCUAUGGGGGAGUGUGAGUAGGGAAGGCUAUCUGUGUUAGAUUCUUUAACACAAAGGAAGAAGAAUUGUUUAUAAGGUUACUUAAGUCGUAAUUUGUUAUCAUCACAUAGGGAAUUGCUAGUUCCAGAUGGGUUUUUGCUAUUUGUAGCUGGGAUUUAUUUUUAUUGUCAUUUGGCAAGAGGAGGUGGUUUUUGCUGGAAAUAGCAAAAACUUGCCUGUGCAAGCUCUGCAGUUUAGGAUUUCUAUGAACGUUGUCCUUCGUUUCAAGCAAAUGGGUCUUAUUUUUUAUCUCUGGUCUCUCUGGCCCGUCAUUGGGACUUGCAUCUGUGGGUGGAUCAGAAGUAUAAUUGUUCUUGACUCUUCUCCACUGAAGUUUAGUAUUUCUAAAGUGUGAUCAGAUUAUUUUUUCCCCUUCUUUCCUAUUAAAAUUUCUUUCGCAGCG